UGAGGGAGCUGGAUGAGUAGACCUUUACACACAGUCAGUGACUUUCAGCUUUAUUUAAGCUUUAAUUUAUCCUGAUGUAGUCAACGUUUAAACUUAGGUUCUGUUUUGUAUUUAAAAUACCAACAAGCUCAGACAUUUUGAAAAACGAAGAAACAGAUCAGCAGGAGUAGAUAACACAGAAAUGUCUGCAGUAACUUUGUCGCUCUGCUCGACUUUCCUGUUUUUUGGCGUUUUAAUGUUUGUCUCUGCAGAACAGAAAACCAUCACAGCUGAUUCUGGACAGGACGUCACUCUGACAUGUCGAGCUCCAGACAACAAAAUCAUAGCUUUAGUUUGGAUCAGAGCUGACCUGAAGACAGCAAAUGUGCUUUUCUAUGAGAAUGGGAGGUUUGUUCCAGAUGAUCAACAUCCAUUUUAUAAGAACCGGGUGGAUAUGCUGGACAGACAGAUGAAGGAUGGAGAACUAUCUGUGACUCUGAAGGAUGUGACAACUAAUGAUACUGGCACAUACGAGUGUCAUGUUGUCCAAGGAGUUGGAAAACAUUUAACUCUCAUAAGCAACAUCUAUCUUUAUGUUGUUCCUCCAGGUCAGACAGGAGGAGACAUAGAGGAUGGAUCUCUUGGACUGAUCCUUCGUCUGUCAGUUCCUGCUGUGGUUCUGGUGUUAAUUAUCCUUAAACUACAUAAACAUUGUGCGACAUUUUGGAAGCUGUGAUCCAUAGUUGCAGGGGGGCUGAUCAGGCAGAUUUUAUUCACUGUAAGUACAAAUGUAAUAUAAAAUCAUAUACUGGAUAUCAUAUGUAUACCAUGUGAUAUCACAUGUCUGAUCCAAAGGUAUUUCACAUCAACAUUUCGAGUCUCUCUAUCUUAUAUUUUUGCUCUUUACCUGACAGUGUCACCGUCAGUGUUGGUCAAGUUACUUGAAAAAAGUAAUCAGUAACUAAUUACUUCCCCCCAAAAGUA